AUGGACACGACUUAUGUUCAUAUAAAUGGAAUUUCUAUUCAAAAUCUUAAGCAAGAUUUUGAGGUCUUGGGUGACACAAUAUCUUCUUGCUUAGCUGGUGACCCCGUCACCAUGCGGUCCGUUUUAAACGGCCACAGCGGUGAUAUCAUUCAAAAUCGUAAAAAAUAUGAUGGUUGUUUACGAGACUUAGAAAAGCUGCGCCACGUGUCACGUGAUAACGAAGGCUUGUUUAACUGGUUAUUGGAUGUAAUGAAAAAAUAUAUUAUUCAACUCCAAAAUGACCGACAACAAUAUACAAAUGGUUUAAACUAUAACGAAAACCUGAAAACGCUUAGUAAAUAUUUUGAAGAAUCAAAGUUAUUAAAAUUGCUUACAAAUAUUUUAUUUGAACAUUUAUCGUAUAAUGGUUCUCGCGAAAACACUUUUAAAAUCAACAAAAAACGUAGUAAAGCCUUAUUUGAUGUCUUGGCCGAAACAAAUUCCAUAUGGCUCCUUCAAUGGGCUUUGGAUAAUAACAUCCUUUUCGAAUUUAAAUGUCAGGUGCUUAUGGAAUUUACUAUUUGGAAGCUAAGUCAAUUAAAUUCAAAUAUCCCGUUUACGAUCUUUGAUUUUCUUAUAGAUGUUGAUGCAAUUGCAUAUCAACAAUGUAUCCUUGGUCUUUUGGACAUUUAUUUAAGAAUUGCCCAAGACUACAUGAAUAAUGUGAAUAAUGAGCAUAACACUUUGUCCGAACGAGUUGGCAAAGAAGAACAAAUCUGGAGUAUCCUCACGGUAAAAAACUUACAAACUUUGUGUUACUUUGAAUACAUUACGAAGUUUUCUCUAUGUAUAACUUCAUCUGGCGUCGUCACAUCGAUUUCGGAGGUAUUUUACAAUUGGUUACGAACGUGGUUGUUGACCAAUACAAAUAGCGUAAUACCCCAUGUACUUCCAAUUUGCAUUUCACUUGAUAGUUUGGCAAAUGAGAAAUAUGUGGUUUGCGGUAGUAAUAUUAAAUUGGACGCGGUGCAAUAUUUAAGCGACGUUAUAACCACAGAAUGUGUGUCUUUAAUUCAACAAGUGACAAACGCAUUUGAUGAAUGCAUUGUGGACAUAUGUUCAAACGCUUCAUCACAUUCACACUUGGCGGAAGUAAUUGUGAGAAAUUUUAUGCCACAAAAUUACGCCAAUAAUUUAUCACCUUUAAAAACUUACAAGAUUAUACAUGCGCAAUUAGGGACGUUAUACAUUAUGCCAGAUACGGAAAUAAAUCUUAAUCAGACAUUAAAUCUAUUUCUACAUCGUUUGGAAACAAAUUGGGAGCCAUUUUGGUUGACCAUCCUUAAAUGCAUAGGAUUAUCGUCUAAACAAGCCGCCGAAAAAACAAUUCAAGGAAUAUUUUCGUUAAUUAAUUUAAAGCAACCAGAUGAUCAAAAAAAAAUAACAAGAAGAAUAAACAUAUUGUUCGAAUUUAUUUCAUUAUUUGAACGUCAUUGGGAAAAUGUAUUCAGUAGUCUCAUUGUCGAUAAACUCAUAAAAUCAACAUUAAUUCGGGAAGAAGCUGAUAGUGAAACGAUUUCAAAUAACAUUCAAUCUAUGAACGUUUACAAAACUUUAUUAUAUUUCAUCUUCACUGACUCGAAGAUUUCAAAUAUACAAUUAUCAGAGUUAAUUGGUGGAUCGUUGAAAUCAAGUUUUAAGAAAAAAUUAAUAUAUAAUGCUGAAAAUGCUAGAACUUGGCUUUGUAAGCCAAAAGAAACGAAAAAAUAUUUGACGAAUCUAGAGUUAUUAGUUGAUCGUCCCCCACCAAAAUUUAGAUAUAAUACAAAUAAAAAAUCAUAUUCUUCAACGUGGCAUUCAUUUAAUUCAUUUAAUUCCAAUAUUAAUCACAGUGAGAAAAGUAAUUCUUUAACAAGACUAUCAUCAAAUUCUUUGAAAAAAGAUUUUUUACUUUACUUAAAUGAUUCAAUCCAGAGUUCAUCGAUAAAUCUCAUUAAGUCGAACAUUUUGUCUAACGGUAGAAUUUUCAGAUUAUCUUGUAUGGGGCCAGAUUCAUUAUCAUGUGAUUUUGGAAAAACAAAUAAACUAUCGCGUAUUCUCAUAAAUAAAUUGACUACAUUGGAGCCUCCAACAUCGGUAAUAGAGCACAUGAUAGUACCCAAGCCUAUUCCAUAUGAACGAGAUUGUCCGGAGCUCCGUUUACUAGUAGAUUUUUUAGCAAACGAUCAUGUGGCGUUCAGAGAACUUCACGAUAAUUUAUCCCGUUCACUUCUUUCCAUAAAUAUAUCUUUCUGGUAUAGAGCACUUGAACAUAGUUCGAGAAAAUAUUCUACAGAAUUGGAUAUGGCGAUAGGCCUAAUUGAAACGAUGAGAAAGGCAAGUUAUGUUCCUCCACCAUUAAAUUAUAUUGGACGAUUGUUACCGCAUGUUUUCUCAAAAGACGUGGGAUACUUACUAUAUGAAAUAAUAUGGAAAUUUGUAUUAGAAAAUUGGCAAUUAUGUCCAUAUUCAGAAGAAUUUGACAUAGACAAAAUAGAAAAUAAUUUACCAAUAGGUCUUUCAGAGAGAAUUCAAAAACUUAAACUAAUCCUUCAAAAAAACAUUUUAUCUAUGCCAGAAUUAUUAUCAGCUCAUUUUGUAUAA